UCCCUGAACCAACCUCCUAACAACCCUAGUGAGAAGUGAGAAGCCUGGUCAAGUGCCCUGGUCUCUUUUAGGGCCACAGAGAACUAAACUAGGACCCAGCCUAGAGUUUUGCCAUAUUGACCUAAGACUCCUCUUUUCAACCAUAUCACAGGCAGUUCUAGUUCUAUCUUACUGCCCUGGCCAAUUAAAUGUAACAGAAUGAGGACUUUUGUUUUCAGAGUGUUGUGUUACCCUGUCUCUUUCAAAGAUAGAUGAUUAGAUAGAUAGAUAGAUGAUAGAUAGAUAGAUAGAUAGAUAGAUAGAUAGAUAGAUAGAGAUAUAUAACUAGGUAGCAAUUUAAUAUUCUCUGAUAUAUAAAAACAAAAUUGCUACCUAGUUAUUGAGCUAUAAUAAUUUAUAGGAAAUAUAUUCAACCAAAAAGCAACUCAAAGAAUAAAGCUUCUUUAAAAACCUGUCUGAACUCUUCCUGGUCAAGAGGGAUGAGUUAAAAGGCAUCUGGGGUUAGAAGUAGUGAGAUCCCAGAAAUAUUUCUGAGUUUGGAAGUGUGUAGAUGGCCCCAUGGUGAGUAGCCUUGGAUUUCUUCGGAGGGGAGAAGGAAGGGGUGGUUGGGCACUAGUAAAUAAUAAGGAUAUGCUAACCACCCUCUGCUUCACGAUAGUAAGAAGAAGUUGGCAGCCCUGCAGCAGCAGGUGCACUGCCUCUCCCUGCUCUGGCAGCUCUAUAACCUGGAGGCCACAGCCAGCAGCCGCAGGUUUGCCUGCUUGGCUGCUCUUAUGCAGAAGAAUUCAGCCGAGGAGUUCGCAAAUGAAGCCCAGGUUGUCUCUACCUAUGUGGCUCUCUCCCAGUUCUCUCAGAACAUGGGUGACAGGGAGCAGUGGCUGCACUGCGAGCAGAUAGCCAUUCAGAAAAGCAGCCUCUGUUGGUUCUCCAGGGAGGGAUUGUUUGCCACAGCUCAGCUUAUGCAGGCCUUGGCCUACACCAAACUCUGCCUCGGCCAUCUUGACUUCUCCAUCAAGCUGGGUUUUCAAGCUUGUGAGAUAUGCAGACACCUCAGGAAACCAGCUCUGGAGAAUCUGGUUCUCUCAGUUCUCUUCAGAUCUGCAUUUCUGAAGAAAAAAUUUGACCUGUGUGUCCACGUGCUGGAGAGUCAGUGGGAGCUCAUUUCCCAGGGCCAUGAAGUCCUUAGCCUGGCCUGCUUCUAUUCUGCUUGCUUGGAUCUGCUGCUCUAUGGAAAAGGAUUGUUGUGUCGGCCCUUUGAGGAGUGUCUGAGUUUCAUUCAGCACUAUGAGCACAACUGCAUUCUAACCUCUCAGAGCAAUGUCAUGCUGGGGGUCCACUCCUCUCUGGCCAUGUGGUUUGCCCAGGACUCACAGUGGAGCCUGUUUGAGCAUCACUUCUGCAAGGCUCGCCAGUUGGUGAAAAGAACCAAUGCCUCACUGUUUGGUUCACAUGGCUUUGUCCGAUUCCUAGAGUGCCACGUGCUAAUUUUACAGAAAAUGCCAGAAGAUGUCUUCAUGCAUAUUCCCCCAGAGACUCACAAUCAAAUCCUCAAGUACUUUAAGGAGUUCUUCUGUCGAUGUGUGACCUGCCCUGUCUAUCAUCAGUGGGUCUCUGACCUUAAAGCCUCUGUAAUGAGAUAUGGAAAGAGAGAAUCCAUGUCCUUGACUAACAUCUUCAGACCUUUUGACACCUGCCUGAUUAAGAUUUGGGAAGAGAGAGAAUUCUUGGAGGAAGUCAACUCUACUGAAGGAAAUUUAAGAAUACAGAGUAAGCAUUCCUUCCUGGAACCCUUGUCUGAGAGACAUAAAGAUAGUCUCAGAUUCUUACACACAAGCAAUCACCUCCAGAGUAAGAAGGGACACACAGAUAUAAGGAGUUAGUCUGUGCUUCAGAGGUAUUUAUUGUCCUCUUACUAGUGCUGGACCCAGCCUGAACAGUCAGGGAUCCCUUAUAUUGUUAAAUAAUGUAAGAGCUUCUCCUAGACCUUUGUUUCAACAUCUGGAAUCCUUAAGCAUAGAAAGUUACUCCUUGAUCCCAGCUUAAACAACUAGAUUGUUCCCUUGGAGUAUCUGGAUAGUCACUAAGGGAGAAAGAAGGCCUUAGAAAUCACAAUCUAAUGUCUAUGAAGGUAAAUGGUAAGAUAUGGGCAAGAAAAAGAGAGGAAAUAAGACAAUGCCUUGCCUUGGGACCCAGCAGUGUUUUCCUU